CACCAAUAAGGGCCAGGAAAUGAAGCUGUUCAUACUAAGCCACUUGCUGGCUUGUUGCUUCUCACAAGUCUAUGCAGGAAACAAAGAAUAUUUUAUUGGGAUUCUAGAAACUGAUUGGAAUUAUGCACCUGGGACAAAGAACAUCAUUUCUGGGAAGCCCUUUUCAGAAGAAGAGCAUUCUGGUGUCUUUCUCCAACAAGGCCCAGACCGGAUAGGAAGCACUUAUAAAAAGGCUGUAUACAUGCAGUACACGGAUAACUCGUACACCAACACUGUUGAAAAACCGUCUUGGCUGGGCUUCCUAGGCCCCAUUCUCAAAGUAGAAGUUGGAGACUCCAUUACCAUUCACUUGAAAAAUUUUGCUUCAAGACCCUACACUCUCCAUCCCCAUGGUGUCAAAUACACAAAAGAAAAUGAAGGUGCUUUUUAUCCAGACAAGACGUCAGGUUUGCAAAAAAAAGAUGACGCUGUGCAACCGGGAGAGCAGUACGUUUAUAGGUGGACCCUAACUGAAGAUCAUGGUCCAGCGGAGGGAGAUAAUAACUGUGUGACCAGGAUUUAUCACUCACAUAUAGAUGCUCCAAAGGAUGUUGCUUCUGGGCUUGCUGGGCCUCUUAUCAUUUGCAAGAAAGGAACACUACAGGGAGAUCAAGAUAAACAGGUUGACCGAGAAUUUGUCUUGCUGUUUUCCGUGAUGGAUGAAAACUUCAGCUGGUAUUUAGAUGAGAAUAUCAAGAAAUACUGCUCUGAACCUGACAAAGUUGACAAAGAGAAUGAAGACUUCCAAGAGAGCAAUAAAAUGCACUCAAUCAAUGGAUAUAUGUAUGGCUAUCUUCCCGGUCUCACAAUGUGUGCAGAAGAGAAAGUAAAAUGGUAUCUUUUCGGCAUUGGUAAUGAAGCUGACGUCCAUUCAGUUUAUUUUCAUGGGCAUACCUUGACGGAAAGGAAUCAUCAAGUCGACACAAUUAGCCUCUUCCCGGCUACCUUCGUGGAUGCUCUCAUGGUGCCAAAGAGUGUGGGGGAAUGGCUGCUUAGCUGUCAAGUCAAUGAUCACAUAGAAGGUGGGAUGCAGGCUAUUUUUGAGGUGAAAAAUUGUAAUGGCCAUAGUUCCUCACCCAAAGAGAGCAUGAAAGUAAGACAAUAUUACAUUGCAGCAGAGGAAAUGGUUUGGCAUUACGCCCUAUCUGCAAUAAAUAAAUUUACAGAAGAAGAGUUAAUUAAUGAUGAGGAUGCCAAGACAUUUUUUGAAGAAGGUGACAAAAGGAUUGGUGGAUCCUAUAGAAAAGCUCUUUUCUUUGGGUAUACAAGUGAAAACUUCACAACCCGUGUGAAGAGGCUCCCUGAUGAACAACAUCUUGGACUUUUGGGACCCAUCAUCAGAGCAGAAGUUGGUGAGACUGUCCGGGUGACUUUCCGAAACCUUGCAAGUCACCCAUUCAGCAUUCAACCUCAUGGUUUGAGCUACAGUAAGAGCAACGAGGGUUCCUCUUACAACACCCUCUCUGGAGGCACUGCAAGUCCAUCUUCACAUGUGAAUCCCGGAGACACAUUCAUUUAUGAGUGGGAGGUGCCAGAAACUGUGGGUCCUACUCCAGAAGAUCCAGAUUGUCAAACUUGGAUUUAUUAUUCAGCGUCGGAUCCGAUCAAGGACACCAGCAGUGGCCUAGUGGGCCCGCUCUUGGUGUGCAAGAAAGGGUCGUUGCUUCCCUCAGGAAAACAGAAAAAUGUAGACAAGGAAUUCUGCCUUCUUGCAACGGUAUUUGAUGAGAACCUGAGCUUGUAUUUGGAUGAUAAUAUCAAGCUCUUUACAAAACACCCUGAAGAGGUUGAUAAGGAAGAUGAAGAUUUCCAGGAAUCUAAUAAGAUGCAUUCCCUAAACGGAUACAUGUAUGGAAACCAGGAAGGUCUUGAGAUGUGUAUUGGAGACACCGUUUCUUGGCAUUUGAUUGGCUUGGGAUCAGAGGUUGAUAUUCAUGGAAUAUAUUUUUCAGGAAAUACUUUUUUGACUAAAGGAACAAGGAAGGACACAGCUAAUCUGUUUCCACAUACCACUGCCACAGUUAUUAUGGAGCCUGACUCUGAAGGGGUCUUUGAAGUGGCUUGCUUGACAACAGAUCAUUAUACAGGGGGUAUGAGACAGAAAUAUGAAGUGAGGAGGUGCGGUUCAUCACAAAAGUUUCCUCAACAGAUUGCCAAUUUGCAAGCUGCAGCUUCAGCUGCAAAUUUAAUUUACAUUGCAUGUGUAGAGAUCGAAUGGGACUAUGCCGAAAACAGGACAUGGGAGCAGGAGAGACAUCAGUUCCAUGAUGAAAGCCCUGGGAAUCCAUUCAUAAACAAAGAAGGUAAUUUUAUUGGGUCAAAAUACAAGAAAGUUGUUUAUCGGGAAUAUACUGAUGAUACAUUCAACACCCCCAAACAAAGGAAGAAAGAGGAAGAACACCUGGGAAUUCAAGGUCCCCUCAUUACUGCAUAUGUUGGAGAUAAAAUUACAAUUGUUUUAAAAAACAUGGCCUCUAGGCCUUAUUCAAUCCAUGCACAAGGAGUGAAAACUGCCUCUCCGAAUGUAAUGGAAACCAGUCCAGGUGCAGUAAAUCAGUAUAUCUGGGAAAUCCCGGAAAGGUCUGGUCCCAAAGCAGGGGAAUCUGAUUGUAUCCCUUGGGCAUAUUAUUCAACUGUGGAUAGAGUUAAGGAUCUCUACAGUGCAUUAAUUGGGACACUGGCAAUCUGUCGCUGGAAACCACUUCCACGUUCACAUCCAAUUUUAUCAAAACAGUUUGCUCUACUUUUUAUGGUGUUUGAUGAAAAUAUGUCUUGGUACUUGGAUGAAAAUAUCAAGAACUAUUCUGCCAAUCCAGAAGGCGUGGACAAAGCAAAUGAGGAGUUUAUAGAAAGCAAUAAAAUGCAUGCCAUUAAUGGAAAAUUGUUUGGAAACUUGCACGGUCUUACUAUGCAUGUCGGUGAUAAAGUCAGCUGGUACUUGAUCGGAAUGGGGAAUGAAGUAGAUAUGCACACAGCACAUUUCCACGGCCAGAGCUUUGAUUAUAAGCUCACCAGAACUUUUCGGGGAGAUGUCUUUGAUCUAUUUCCUGGGACAUUCCAAACUGUUGAAAUGGCACCAAACAAUCCCGGGACCUGGUUACUGCACUGUCAUGUCACUGACCAUAUCCUUGCUGGCAUGGAAACUGUCUACACGGUCCUUCCAAAAGAAAGCAGCGACUGAAGGCAAAUGAAGGUGUUUCGUGAGUUACAUUCUCAUCACUGCAUGGCUUUGGGAAAAAAC